AGUUGUAAACGGUCAGCAGUUGCGAGCACAUUAAAAAGUGAAAUAUAUCGAGGCUGCUUUCGGAAGAUUUUGAUUUAGUUUCGGAUAUUUCACAAGUGAAUAAAUUUAAAAAUAAUAAUAAAAGAAAAUAUUUAUGGAAAAUUGUACGACAAAAUCGGAAAAAUGAAAAUAUUUAUUGUCGUGUUUACUUGCUUGUUGUUAGUGCCAGACUUGAUGGCAACAGCAACAAAUGAAACAGAAGCAUCUUCAAAUGACUUUAUAAUCAUUGCAAGAAUAGCCGAGAACAUUAGUCAAUUGAAGUCUUCAUCAUGUAGGAACGAUUUGAAAAGUGCAGUCGAUGCAUUUCGGGAACGCAAGCCAUGGGCCGUUUCAAUGUUUGACGCUUCCGUGAAGUCGCCUGUUGGAGUCGAGAAUGGCGUUGAAUAUCAAUUCGGAAACUUUGACGAGUGUUUACAAAUCGCAACAGAUUUCAAAACUGAUGGCGUUGAUAUCCAGCCGAAAUAUUGUCUCGCUGAUGUCACAAUGGAUGGAUAUGUCGUGAGAAAAACAGCAUCGCGAAAUGUUGAGAUUAAAAAUUCUACAAUUGUACAUUGGGGAGUAUGUUUACCAGCAUCAUGUUCAAACGAAGACAUCAACUUACUCAUGAAGUCCCUAACUCGCCAAUCAGAAGUCAACAUCGAUUCAAAGAAGUGUCAAGUAAAAGAAACAUCAAAAUUCAGUGGAAUUGAUUUAACAUUUGGUUUCACGAUUCUGAGCUUCCUGACAAUCGUCACAUUCAGCACGAUGUAUCACAUUUAUGUAAUUUAUACCAGAAAAACUGCAAAGCUUCGAAAUGACGUCACGAUUGAUGAGAUUGCGAAAUCGUUUUCAAUAAUUGCAAACGCCAAGAAACUUGUUAAAGAAAGCAAAGAUGAGCUUGGUUUGAGUUGUGUUAAUGGCAUCAAAGCUGUGUCAAUGUUUUGCAUCAUCUCAGGACAUGCGUUGGUCUUCAUGGUUGGUGGUCCGGUACAAAAUACUGAAUUUUAUCAAAAAGAAAGCGUGAAAGUUCAAAAUGCUUUCCUCCAAAACUCUCCACUGUUGGUUGAUUCAUUUCUACUCUUGUCGGGAUUUCUUUUCGCAAGACUUGUUCUCAUUGAGAUGGACAAACGACGAGGAAAAAUUAAUUUCGGAAUUUUAUACAUUUUUCGAUACAUCAGAUUAACUCCAGCAUAUUUAGCGAUGAUUGGACUCUACUCGACUUGGUUCAUAAGAAUCGGCGAUGGUCCAUUGUGGAAGCAUCGAAUAUCACUGGAACAAGAACGUUGUCAACAUUCAUGGUGGAAGAACAUUCUUUACAUUAACAAUUAUUAUGGAAAUGACGAGCUUUGUAUGUUUCAAUCGUGGUACCUUGCAACCGACACUCAGCUUUUCAUCUUAGCACCUUUGCUCAUCUAUCCACUAUGGAAAUCAAUCAAACUUGGAUCCAUUUUCAUUGGAAUUACCACAACAAUCUCAGUUAUUAUUCCAUUCUACGUCACAUUCACUCAAAAGCUCGACCCAACGUUCAUUGUUUGGCCAAGUGAAAUUACUGACCUAUCAGCAAACACUUACUUUAUAAAUACUUAUGGUAAGACACAUAUGAGAGCGACUGGUUACAUCUUCGGAAUACUCGCCGGCUUCUUAGCCUUUUACGUCAACAAGAAGCAAAUUACAAUAUCGAAUCGUACACGUAACCUGCUGUGGAUUUUGACGUCAGUGAUUGGGAUUUAUUCGAUGUACUCUGUGACGCUUUACUACAUUCCAACGUAUCGUUACUCAGUUCUCGAAAGUGCACUCUACAACAGUCUUCAUAGACUUGGCUGGAGUGUCUUCACAGCCUGGGUUGUCUUCGCUUCUGUAACAAGUGAAGAUGGAGCUUUGAAGAGUUUCCUUUCAUCACGAGCUUUAGUUCCUUUAAGUCGUCUCACAUAUUGCGCAUAUUUGACGAAUGGUUUCAUUGAACUUUACAUGUAUGCAACAAUCCGAACGCCAAAAUUCAUGAGCGUGACAAAUUUGCUUGGUGAGACACUUUCCCACGUUUGCCUUACAUUUUUGGCUGCGCUCGUACUUUGUUUGUUGUUCGAAUCUCCGAUACAUGGAAUGGAAAAGAUGUUGCUUAGACGAAGUUCACAUGUACAAUCACGUGAGAGGUCAAGUGAGUCUGAUGAAUUCAAUGUCAACAGCAGUCGAAGUGCAAGUACGUCUGAGAUAUCCGCGUAAUGUUUAAGAUAAUUUAAGUUAGUUACUUUAAGUAAGUUCAAGUCAUUCUUUAAAGUUUAAAUUAAACAUUAUGACAAAGAUGUAGAGAAAACUUCAAGCAACAAAAUAAAGGUGGAGUUAAUUAAGUUUUUAACAUUUAAGAUUAAAAUGAAAACAAUCAGAAAUGGAGAGUUAAAAAGUGUCAUAAAUUCAUUUCCUUGCCAAUAAAAAAAUUUGUUCUUGGAAAAAGCA